CAAAUUCCAAAGUCAAUAAUUGCAGCUUGAUAUCUAGAUAGUUCAGCAACCUAACUAAUAAAUCAGAGAUCAGAGUGACCAAGUAACUGAAUUCAGUUCAUUCAUGGCUUCGAAGGAGAUUGAGAAGGAGAUCCCAACAUACAUCACUCUGUACAAAGACGGAACAGUAGAUCGGCCACGACAAACCCCAUACGCGGCACCCUCUCUUGAUGGAACUCCUCAUGUCUCAUCCAAAGACAUAAUCAUCUCACAAAAUCCUUCCAUCUCUGCACGUCUCUACCUUCCAAAACCCCUUCCUCAAACCCACAAACUCCCAAUCUUGGUCUACUUCCAUGGCGGUGGCUUCUUCUUCGAAUCCGCCUUCUCUGAACUCUACCACAACUACUUCAACACCUUCGUCCCCGCCGCUUACGAUGAUUGCUUCGCCGCUCUUCAAUGGGUCGCUUCUCACUCCUCCAAUAACACUACCGAGCCAUGGUUGAUCGAUUACGGUGACUUCUCCAGAAUCUUCAUAGGCGGCGACAGUGCUGGUGGCAACAUCGUGCAUAACGUGGCCAUGCGAGCUGGUUCUGAAGCUCUAGAAGAGGGUGGCAAUGUGAAUCUUCUAGGCGCUAUUUAUGUGCACCCUUACUUCUACAGUUCAGAGGCAAUUGGAUCUGAGUCUGUGAGCGAGCAUGAAAAGAGUUUGGGUUAUAUUGUUUGGGAUUUUGUUUACCCGAAUGCGCCAGGUGGAAUCAACAACCCUAUGGUGAAUCCCUUUGCUCCUGGGGCUCCCAGCUUGGCUAGCCUUGGGUGUUCUAAGAUACUAGUGUGUCUCGCUGGCAAUGAUUCCAUAAGGGACAGAGGGAUUUGGUUCUUUGAGGGUCUCAACAAGAGUGGGUGGAAAGGUAAAUCCGAGCUCUUUGAAGAGGCAGGCGAGGACCAUGUUUAUCACAUCUUCCAUCCUGAAACUGAGAAAGCCAAGAAAAUCACAGAUCGCAUGGCUUCUUUUAUUUUACAUUGAUCACAAUAGCCUACCCUUGUUUGUAUUUGUAUUUGUAUUUGUAUGAGUAUGUCCAUUCCGCUUCUUUAA